AUCUUCAUGACAACCAAUUUUAACCGCCACUGCUUCUCCAAGAACCUUUCUUCCUUCUGCCAAUGGAUUCUUUCAAGAACCUCCAAAACACCCUCUUGCAGUCCUCCAUAAACCUCUCAAGAUCAAGAACUGAUUAUUUCUUCACGAUUCUCUUCACUCUGAUUCUCAUCUGCUUCUUCUUCCUCUUUUCCGCCUCUGAUAACACCUCUCCCGCCUCUCGGCUUCACUGUUCAGCAAACAAGCCUCCACCACUAUCAUCGACAGUCUUUCCCGGCGCCCGUUUUGCUUCGAAGAGCUACAGAAGUUGUGCUGUUUCUGCAGCAUUUUCUCCUGCCGAAACUUGUCAUCAGAUUCCAGGAAAUGCUGUGGGUUCGGCUUCUGUUGAAGAGGAAACGGAUUCUUGCGACGUAUUUGAUGGUCACUGGGUUGUGGAUGAAGAUUUCGAGCCCGUUUACAAGCCGGGAUCUUGCCCCUUUAUCGACGAUGCUUUCAAUUGUUUCAAGAAUGGACGCCCUGAUUCAGAUUACCUCAGGCUGAAAUGGAAACCUCAUGCUUGUGAAAUUCCAAGGUUUGAUGGGCAGAAAAUGCUGAAGAUGCUGACGGGGAAAAAGAUGGUGUUUGUGGGGGAUUCACUGAACAGGAAUAUGUGGGAAUCACUGGUUUGUGCUUUGCGGGAAUCGUUGGCUAAUAAGAGAAAUGUGUUUGAAGUAUCAGGCAGGCGCCAGUUCAGAAACCAAGGAUUCUAUUCUUUCAAAUUUAAGGAUUUCAACUGCUCGAUCGACUUCAUCAAAUCUCCCUUCCUUGUUCAAGAAUGGAAGUUCUCGGACAAGGCUGGAACGCGUAGAGAAACGCUGAGACUGGACAUGAUGGAAGGCUCUUACAACAGCUACCAUGAUGCUGAUAUCAUUGUUUUCAACACAGGUCACUGGUGGACUCACCAGAAGACCUUUCAAGGGAAGUACUACUUCCAGGAAGGCAAUCAUGUCUACAGAAAACUUGAGGUCGCAGAUGCAUACAAGAAGGCUUUGAGGACAUGGGCUCGAUGGGUCGAUGCUAAUAUCAACAGCAACAGAACCAGAGUCUUCUUUCGCGGAUACUCAUCUUCUCAUUUCAAAGGUGGCCAGUGGAACUCUGGAGGCAGUUGUUAUGGUGAGAUGAAACCAAUAACCAACGAGACUCAUCUUGCUCCAUAUCCAUGGAUGAUGGUAGCCCUGGAGUCCGUGAUAUCAAAGAUGAAAACGCCCGUUUUUUUUCUUAACAUAACCAAAAUGACGGACUACAGAAAAGACGGCCACCCUUCAAUAUUCAAGCAAUCUGCUUCAACAAUUAGGCAAGGGAUGUUUCAAGACUGCAGCCACUGGUGCCUUCCUGGGGUUCCUGACUCAUGGAAUCAGCUUCUUUAUGCAGUUUUACUUAAAUCCCACAAAAGUCUUGGCAGCAUUUCUAGUUACUAAACUCUCUUGAA